AUGGUUUUUCUCUAUGGAAACAAGGAGAUUGUUUAUGGGCAGGUGAAGCCUCGUGGGAUCCUGCGGCCACAAGCCCUACAAAGGAUAACGAUAUCGCGAGAAGGAGUGGGACGUCGUGGUCCUUGUGGUUGCACUAAACCACAUAGGCAAGUAGCUGCAUCAGUAUCAGAUAGAUCGCGGAUGAGAGUGCAACAUGGCUGGGCUCUUCCAAAGUUUAGGAAAUUUCCAAAACGUCUUACAACAUUAGAACAUGCCCUUUGUUGUGCUGCAUUCCGGGGACAUGUGGGAGGCUGUGGUGGUGGUGUCUGGGAGUUUGGUGGAGGAGGUGGUGGAUUUUGCGGUGGUGGUGGUAGUGUGGUUGGAGGACGCACUGGUGGAGUUUGUGGUGGUGUGGUUGAAGGAGUUUGGGGAGAAGACUGUGGUGAUCCGGUCGGAGGACGCACUGGUGGUAUGGUUGGAGGAGUUUGGGGAGGAGACUGUGGUGACCUAGUCGGAGGACGAACUGGUGGUAUGGCUGGAGGAGUUUGGGGAGGAGACUGUGGUGGUCUAGUCGGAGGACGCACUGGUGGUGUGGCUGGAGGAGUUUGGGGAGGAGACUGUGGUGGUAUGGUCGGAGGACGCACUGGUGGUGUGGCUGGAGGAGUUUGGGGAGAAGACUGUGGUGGUCUGGUCGGAGGACGCACUGGUGGUCUGGUUGGAGGAGACUGUGGUGGUCUAGUCGGAGGACGCACUGGUGGUGUGGUUGGAGGAGAUUGUGGUGGUCUGGUCGGAGAACGCACUGGAGGUGUGGGUUGGAGAAGUUUGACGAGGAGACUGUGGUGA